GUCAAAUUACAAGUGCUCAGACAAAAUGUCAAAUCGACUUGGCAUCGGUCUGUUAAUUUGCAGCGCAGUGUUUUUUGUAUUUACAGCAGCAGAUAUAACUGAAGACAAUUACGAAGAUGUGGGUGAAAGAGAAAAGUAUGACCUAUUAGAUUUCCUGAAAGCAUAUGCCAGGAAACAGCAGGACCAACGAAGAGAAACUGAGAGGGAAUAUGAAACCUGGACAGGUCGAUGGAUGCCUGACAGGGCAGAUGACCCAACACCACGUCCCAAGAUCUUUCCAAAACAAAAAAUUGAUUCGGACUCGCAACAUCAGAUUCCAAUGGAUGUAAUCCCAGGGUGCGACGAUGGGAAGACUAAUCUAACGAUGGAUUGGGAUCAUUCACCUGUAAAUUACACUUGCUUUGGAAGAAAGAUAAUUCCAAGCUACGCUAUUAAACCACAGAUAUACUGCGAGUCGAUUCCAAAAAUGUAUAAAGCUGUACACGAAUGUAUGCAAGAAAAGAUUGAAUAUUUGGAUGAUAUUCCGUUAUAUGGCACCCAUAGGCCAGUAUGGCCAGUCUACGGAGAGUACACUUUCGUACCAAAGCAGAGAUGGCUUCAUAGUUUAGAGCAUGGAGCCGUCGUCAUGCUGUACCAUCCUUGUGCCAAUCCAUUGGAAGUGAAACGUUUAAAGUCGCUGGUUUCUGAGUGUCUCUGGCGACAUGUCAUUUCCCCUUAUCAACUUUUGGAUGAGGAUCGACCCUUGGCUCUGCUCACGUGGGGAUGUCGAUUGACCAUGUCAUACGUUAAUCCCUCACUGGUAAAGGAUUUCAUAAAAGAACACGCACUCCGCGGGCCCGAAGACAUUUCCAGAGAUGGAGAGUUCAAGGAUGGUCUGUUUAGAAAAGCUAAAAUUGUCUCAAACGCCGAAGAUAUCAGAUUAUGUCCAAGCGUUUAAUUAUCAAUUAUAUAGAUUACUAUUUGAUUAACCUGAAUUUACCAGGAUUGAAAAAAACACUAUACUUUAUGUUAGACAUUAUCUCCCAUUAAGUCAUAUCAAAGCCAUUUAAUUAAAUUAUUCAUUUCAAGUAGCGGCUUCUUUUUGAUAGCGUUAGCUUUACAUCUCCUUAUUCAACAUUGUCUUUGCCAUUAGUAGAAAUACAUAGGAUUCUUAUCGUGCAGUCUCAUAAAUCGACGUCACUAGUUUUUUUUAAUGAUAUAAUGACUAUAAUAAACUAUGUAUGUACAAUAAAUGACUUAUAGCUGUCA